AUGAAGGCGUUGGUCAUUAAAAGAGCAAAAGCAACCAUGAGAUUUGCACGGUUUAUGCAAGGUAGACGCUCUUUGAAAGGAGAGUUACAACCUUACAUAGACGACAUUGAAAGUUUGUUGAGGAACAAGAAUCAAGGCAAAAGUAACGAAGAAUCCUCAACCGAAGACAAGAUGAUGGCGGUGGUUGUGCAAGCCGAAACGAUGGGUGGUCUUGACAUCCCCACUAUUCCAGAGUCCCCAUCUUGCAUCGUACUUCCGACGGCAGCUAGGAACUACGAGCUUAAGACCAUACACUUUAACAUGAUGCCUUCUUUUCAUGGUCUAAGUUCGGAAGAUCCACUUAGUCACAUUCGUGAAAUUUUUAAUAUGGUUUCUAGCAUGUCUUUGUCUACAGGGGUUACUGAGGAGCACUUGAGGUUGAAAAUCUUCCCUUACACUAUGAAGGACAAAGCAAGGACAUGGCUUAAUGGUUUGAGGCCGGGUUCACUGGCGACAUGGACUGAGGUACAAAAUAAAUUUUUGGAAAAUUUUUUCUCAACUCAGAAAACUGAUGCUCUUAGGGAUACGAUCAUGCAAUUUGAACAACAACUUGAUGAGUCGUUUUCUGAGGCAUGGGAGAGAUUUAAUAAUUUGUUAACUCAAUGCCCCCAUCAUGCUUUGCCUUUAUUAGUAUUGAUGCGCAUUUUUUAUAAAGCACUAACAGUUCCUAGUAAGGCUGCAGUUAAUAAUUACGCAGGGGGAUCUAUCCGGAAUAAGACUCCAGCAGAAUGUCAAACUUUGUUUGAUAAUCUAGCAGUUGAGACCCAACAUUCAGAGACACGAGGUAAGCGAGCUGGUGUUUAUGAACUUAACAAUUAUGAUAUUUUUGCACCAAGAUCGCAGGUUGACGCAAUUGCUAGUAAGUUGGACAUGCUUUUAGCAAUGAAUGGGCAUACAAUUCCACAAGAGCUCUGUGCCUUAUGUCAUGUUCCUGGCCAUGCCACCGUCACAUGCCCUCAAGGAGUGGAUUUUCCGGAGUUUGUACAAGAACAAGCAAACAUGAUGAACUCUUAUAACCGGAAUCCAAGGUUUGACCCGUACUCCAACUCUUAUAACCCAGGUUUUCGAGCACAUCCUAAUUUUUCAUGGAAGAAUACCCAAAACCAAGCCAAUCCGCCAACCACCACAUUGGAGGACAUGGUGCGGCAAUUGGCUAUUGGUCAACAGAAAUUGGAGGCUCAAGUUGGUCAGAUCGCUGAGGCAUUAAGCCAAAGGGAAGCUGGGAAAUUCCCUAGUCAGACUGUUGUCAACCCAAAGAAUAAUGAACAAGCCAAGGCCAUUCAUCUCCGACGUGGUAAGGUUAUUAAUAAUGAUGUUGAUGACACUAAUGAUGUUGUGGAUGUAGGUGAAAAAGAACAAGAAGAGGUUCAACAAGAUGUUGAAAAAUCUGAGCCUACUCCAUCUGCCACUCAUUCUAAGGAAGGCAGGACGAAGGCAGUCAAUCCUUACAUGCCGCCUAUUCCAUUCCCGGGUCGCCUUAAGCAAAACAGACAGGAUAAGUAUUUCAAAGAAAUUUAUGAUGUGUUAAGUAAAGUUCAAAUUAACUUGCCCUUGCUUGAUGUGAUAGAACAGAUACCGGCAUAUGGGAAAUUCUUGAAGAGUUUGAAGACUCACAAGCUAAAAUUUGCACCUAAUGAAGGAGUCAGGUUGAAUAAAAAUGUGAGUACAAUUCUUCAAAGGGACCUUCCGCCCAAGCUAUCCGAUCCGGGUAGUUUUGAUAUACCAAUCACCAUUGGCAACAAGCGACAUGGACAUGCGAUGUUAGAUCUUGGAGCAAGCAUCAACUUAAUGCCAUUCUCGGUUUACAAGGAACUUGGAAUUCAAGGAAUGAAGAAGACAACAGUUUGCCUCGAGCUUGCCGAUCGUUCUGUGAGGCACCCUAAAGGUAUUGUAGAAGAUAUUUUGGUUCAAGUAGAUAAACUCAUUCUUCCUGCAGAUUUCAUUAUUUUGGAUACGGAAGAGAGUGAGAUGAAUGGACAUGAUGCACCUAUACUUCUUGGUCGGCCAUUCAUGGCGACAGCAGACACAUGCAUCCGAGUAAAGGACGGUACCUUGACAAUGACAGUUUUGGGAGAAACUGUGGAACUUAAAGUGUUUGAAGCUCUCUCUUUUCCUUCUACUUCACUUGAUACGUGUUUUUCUAUUGAUACAAUAGAUACAUUGAUUACAUCUACAUUUGUGCAGAAUAAAAUUAUGGAUCUUGAACAGGUUUUGAUAGAAUCACCUAGUGAAGCAGAAGCAAUUGAAAGUGUUGGAGCGGUCUUAGAGAACACCAAACCAUAUCAAGCAAGGUACACGCCUCCAAUUGAGCCAUUGGUAAUGAACAAGACAAAGCUCGAACCAUCUAUCAUCUCUCCACCAAAGUUGGAAUUGAAACCGUUGCCACAACAUCUCAAGUAUGCCUACAUAGGUAAAGAUGAUACUCUUCCGGUAAUUAUUGGUGCGGAUUUGACCAAGGAAGAGGAGGAGAGUCUCAUUCAAGUGCUUAAACGUCAUCAAACGGCUUUGGGAUGGACUAUUGCCGAUAUCAAAGGCCUUAGCCCCACCUUGUGCAUGCAUAGAAUUUUGAUGGAGGAUGAGGUAAGACCAUCACGAGAAUCACAAAGAAGACUCAAUCCAAACAUGAAGGAAGUGGUGAGAGCAGAAGUUCUCAAAUUGCUCGAUGUGGGGGUGAUCUAUCCAAUUUCAGAUAGCAAGUGGGUAAGUCCGGUUCAAGUAGUGCCAAAGAAAUCCGGCAUCACGGUGGUGAAGAACAAGGAUGAUGAACUCAUUCCUACAAGGAUGACUACCGGAUGGAGAGUUUGUAUUGACUACAGGAAGUUGAAUACCGCCACUAGAAAGGAUCACUUUCCUCUCCCUUUCAUUGACCAAAUGCUUGAGCGCUUAUCGGGUCAUUCUCACUAUUGUUUUCUUGAUGGAUUUUCAGGUUAUAAUCAAAUUCCGAUUGCACCUGAAGAUCAAGAAAAGACCACUUUCACAUGCCCAUUUGGUACAUUUGCUUAUAGAAGGAUGCCCUUCGGAUUGUGCAAUGCCCCCGCGACUUUCCAACGUUGUGUGAUGGCAAUUUUUUCCGACAUGGUGGAGCGAAUAAUUGAGGUAUUCAUGGAUGAUUUCUCAGUUUUUGGAUCUUCUUUUGAUGCAUGCCUUGAGAAUUUAGCUCUAGUUUUGCAACGAUGUCAAGAGACGAAUUUAAUUUUGAAUUGGGAAAAAUGUCAUUUUAUGGUUAGGAGGGGUAUCGUACUAGGACAUGUAGUGUCUCAUGAUGGGAUUGAGGUAGACAAAGCAAAAAUUGACUUGAUAAAAAAUUUACCUCCCCCUACUUCUGUUAAAGGUGUUAGAAGUUUUUUAGGACAUGCGGGUUUUUAUAGACGUUUCAUCAAAGACUUUUCUAAGAUCACAAGACCUCUUUGCGAUUUAUUGGCUAAAGAUGUAGUUUUUACUUUUGACAAAGAGUGCUUGGAAGCUUUUAAUGUGUUGAAACAUGCAUUAACCUCGUCUCCUAUUAUCUCUGCCCCUAAUUGGUCAUUACCGUUUGAACUUAUGUGUGAUGUGUCUGAUUAUGCUGUUGGUGCUGUUCUUGGCCAAAAGGAUGGUAAGGCAUCUCAUGUUAUUUAUUAUGCUAGUCGCACUCUGAAUGACGCACAACUUAAUUACUCCACCACGGAAAAAGAGUUGUUGGCAGUUGUAUUUGCUUUGGAAAAAUUUCGUGCUUAUCUAGUUGGUUCCAAAGUAAUUGUUUAUACUGACCAUGCGGCUUUAAAGUAUUUGCUGAAUAAGAAAGAUGCCAAGCCCAAGUUGAUUCGGUGGAUUCUCUUACUUCAAGAGUUUGAUUUGGAAAUCAAAGAUAAAAAGGGUAGUGAGAAUGUGGUGGCCGAUCACCUUUCACGUAUUGUGGAAGAAGGGUUUUGUCAAACGAAUAAGGUGCCGAUCAAUGAGACUUUUCCGGAUGAGCAACUCUUCAUUGUCCACUCAAAGGAACCAUGGUAUGCUGAUUUUGUUAAUUAUCUUGCUUGUGGUGUACUUCACGAGGGACUAACUUUUCAGGAAAAGAAGAGAUUUUUGGCUUCGGUCAAGCACUAUUAUUGGGAGGAUCCUUACUUGUUCAAGCAUGGACCCGACCAAAUAAUUCGCCGGUGCGUUCCUAAAGGAGAACAAGAGAGCAUUCUACGCCAUGCACAUGAGCUUGCUUGUGGUGGACACUUUGGAGCCAAGAAAACGGCUUUAAAAGUGCUCCAAUCAGGUUUUUUCUGGCCUACUCUUUUUAAAGAUGCUUUUCACUUUUGUGCUAGAUGUAAUAAUUGUCAAAGGUCGGGCAAUAUUGGUAGAAGGAAUGAGAUGCCUUUGAAUAGCAUUCUGGUGGUUGAGAUGUUUGAUGUGUGGGGUAUUGAUUUUAUGGGUCCUUUCCCCCCUUCUUUUGGCUAUACUUAUAUCCUUGUAGCGGUGGAUUACGUCUCUAAAUGGGUUGAAGCCCUAGCUACUAGGACCAAUGACCAUAGGGUUGUUCUUACAUUCCUUAAGGAUAUGAUUUUUACUAGGUUUGGAACCCCUAGGGCCAUUAUUUGUGAUGGUGGUAGUCAUUUUUGCAAUAAACCUUUUGCGGCCUUGUUGAAAAAAUACAACAUCACUCACAAAAUAGCCACCCCAUACCAUCCUCAAACAUCGGGUCAAGUGGAAGUUAGCAAUAGGGAGAUCAAACGAAUUUUGGAGAAAACUGUGAACUCCACUAGGCAAGAUUGGGCUAUUAAGCUUAAUGAUGCUUUGUGGGCAUAUAGGACAGCUUUUAAAACACCCAUUGGUAUGAGUCCUUAUCGUCUUGUGUUCGGAAAAUCAUGUCAUUUACCUAUGGAACUUGAGCACCGUGCGUAUUGGGCUAUAAAGAAAUUAAAUUUUGAUAUACAAGCUGCAGGUGAAGAAAGGAAGUUACAACUCAACGAGUUAGAGGAACUUCGUCUUGAAGCUUAUGAAAAUGCAAAGAUUUACAAGGAACGUACUAAGGCGGCACAUGAUAAAUUGAUUUAGCCGAAAGAACUUACCGAAGGUAUGCGUGUUUUAUUAUACAAUUCUCGACUUCGGUUGUUUCCGGGUAAAUUAAAUUCUAGGUGGACGGGACCGUUUGAGAUCAUGAAAGUUUUUCCCUAUGGUGCGGUGGAAAUUCGGAAUCCGAGAGAUGGUAGCACGUUCAAGGUGAAUGGGCAACGAUUGAAGCCAUUCUUGAGUGACUCUCUCACAGAUGUUGACCUUGGUGUCGUCGUUGAUCAAGUCCCAAAUCUAACACCAUAGUCAACGAAGCUACGUCUUGCCUAGACGUUAAAUAAAGCGCUUGGUGGGAGGCAACCCACCGGGUAAAUUCGUUCCUUUUAUUGUAUAUUAUUUUAGUUCAUUAUAGAAGAGCACUCAUCCCACACUGAAUUGAAUUGCUAUUUGUGCAUCAAAUGCAGAAAGAAAAAGUUGUGCCAAAGCGCUGGAUUGAAAUAAUUUUCUGGAGCAACUCAGGACGAACCAGAAUGUGUGCCAUAUAUGUGCAGAAAGCUAUGGAUGUCUAGUUUCUGCAGAAUUUUACGGUUAGUGAAUCCGAGCUCAGAUGAAGGAGAAAUUGAUGAUUUUACGACAGCUGCGCAGUACAGAAUUUUACGCGGGAAUUACUUCCCGAAUGUUUUCGUAGUCAGGUUGUCUCGCUCUAACUCAAUAUUUUUUUCUUCGUGUUAUUUUUCACAUUAUUCCAUGCACUGAGGAUAUUGCAUAAUUCAAGUGUGGGGGUGAGAAUAGCUUGUUUUGAAAAAAAAAAAAAAAAAAUUUUUAGUUCCUUCCAAUGCGAUGAUGAGACAUAAAUUGUUUAGGUCUAAAAUUAGUUUGUUAGUAAAGAGAAUUUUCACUAGAAUUGAGCUUGAAUUACAAUUUUCAUGGGCCAAUGUUAACAUGAUAUGUUGAUUGAGAAAUAAACAUGUUUAGACUUGAUGUAGACUUGCAUAAUUACCCUUGUGAGUUUUGAGCCUACAUGAUUGAUACAUUAUGCAUAUCAAUCCAAUUUCUUUCUUGUGUGCUCUCAUGAUUACAUGUUUCUCUAGAACUUGCUUUAAACCUUUUUGAGACUAUAUUGAUACAUGUGAUGACAUGAAUAUGAUUGAGGCAUUAGGAUGAUACCUCUAUAGCCAAAUUGCCUAUAUCCUAAUGUAUUUAUCCGCUAGAAAACCCUUUGAGCCUAAAUAAGCCUUUCUAUUCAUGAAACUUAUCUACUUGACCCUUUAACCCGAAAAACAAUUAUUUACCUAUUUCUAAGGGAUUAGUAGAGCAUACCAUGAGAUUUUUCAAGUGUUGAUGGUGUUCAAGUAUGUUGAGUUUGAUGAUGAAAAGAAUUAAGUGUGGGGGAGUUCUUGUUUAUUUUGAGAUGUCAUUUGGUGGAGAAUAAAUGUGAUGUCGAACACAUGUGCAUUAAUGUGUCGAAAAAGAAAAAAAAAAGUGAAAGAAAGAAAAAAAAAAAGAGAAAAAAUAUAUAGUAUGAUUCGACAUUGUUGUGAAAAAGAAAAAAAAAAAAAAAAAAAGGAAAAAGAGGAAAAUUUUAUGUGUAUAGUGAAAGAAAUCUUGAAGUUGUAAAGAAUUGAUGGAGUAUUAAA